GAUGGCUCUGAUCUGAUGACUAACGAUGAACAUGUGAGUGGAGGAGUUCUGCUGUUUGUAAAUAAAUAAUAAAUUAUAAUAACUCGACUUUUUCACAUUGAUUUAUAACAAUAUAUAUAUUACACUUACUGGUGUCUGUAUCUGAGUAUUUGUCUCCGAUUUCGUAGUAAUAAAAUCAACAAUAUACACGUUACAUUAUAUGUUAACGAUACAAUAAAGUUUCAAUAAAUAAUUAAUUAUGAUUUUGCGCCAAAUCGCCAGCAGAUUGCUGAAGAGGGCUGUUCCUGCACUGUACGCUACAAGUUUUAUAUUUAAUAAUCAAUCAGAAACAAAAAGACCUACAGUAGAAGAGAAAUUAAAUCUUGAACCUCCAGAUAUUAAGAAACUAACUGUUGAAUAUAUGAUACAACAGUCAAUAGUAGAUUCUAUAAAUAAUGCAACUCAAGCACUGAACAUUGCUUACAUGGCAGUAAUGAGAACAAGUAAUGAAUAUAAGAGUUUAUUAUGUUCACUAAUUUCUUUAACAAAGGAUACUUUAGAAUUUCAUGUUAAUGAUGAACAUUGGGACUUGAUAGUUGAAACAAGAUCAGAAGUACAAACUAAAAAGGAACAGUUAAACAAACUAACAGGGUAUGUUCAAUAUGUACAAAAAAUGGCAGUAGCAGCGUCGGAUCUAAGUUACCUUUCUGGAAUGGAUAAUUUGUGUUUCUCACUGACUAAACAAAUUGAUGAUGUCUUCAAAAGUAUGCAACAGGAAUCUGAGUUUAUUGCAACAUUAGAACAGGAGUAUUGUGAUAUACAAGAACAGUGCAUUAGGAAUUCAACUAAUUCAGACAAUAAGGAGUCUACUGAAUAAUUUGAGAGAAAUUUCAUUAUCUGCUCAAUGUUCAAAACUUGUUUAAAAUGUAUAUAAUUAUCAAUCAUUUUAAUAGAAAUGUUUAUAAUAAAAGUUAUUAAAAUAAUAACAGGAUUGUAUAACUGAAGAGAAUAAAGGAUAGUGAAAUUAUAUGCAGAUCAUUUAAAAGACUUUGGUUGCUUAGGCAUCAAGAUGUAUUGAUACAAUAUGUCUACCAGGUAUCAUUGCCAGACCAAGUGUUCUUGCUUCUGUGUGAUCCUCAGAUAAGAAUUCAGUACAUGAUCCUAAUAUCACAUUGGCAUCACGAUCAGUACAUAAAAAUGCUCCUAUUAAAACUCGACCAUCUGUCAUUUUUAUUCGCAAGUACCUACUCAGCCAUCCACGUAAUUUCUGUCUUGCAGGAGAAUCCUUUGUACU